AUGUUCUCCUCCAGGCGUGCCGAAUCCACAACCAGGAGCUUCUCUAAGGGCCACAAAGUCUCCAAGUCGAGCGCCUCCUUUCGCGAGAGCAGCGGCGUCUCCAAGAAGCGCCAUGAGUCGUCCCGCCACCACCGCCGCCCAGCCACGGCGUCGUCAACUGGAACCGAAGAUACCACCAUGAGCAAUGGCAUCGGCUCUAGCGUCGUCACACUUGUCGUCGGCGCUGAGCAGCGCCUCUUUGCUGCGCACGAGGACGUGCUCCGGGCGAGCCCCUUCUUCGCGCAGACGCUGCGCGCCGCCUACACGGACCCGGCGGCCAGGCGCAUCGCGCUGCCCGAUGAGGAGCCCGAGAUUUUCAGCUCCGUCCUCGAGUACCUCUACAAGGGCGACUACUUUCCACGCCUCGCGCACAACAAGCGCCGCGACUCGUGGGAGCUCGAGGCCCCGACAACGGCCGACGAGGAGCGCGCCCGCGUCGAGAGCACCGUCUACCACCGCAGCUUUGACGGCGACCUGCUCAAGGAUACCGUGAUUUACUGCGCGGCGGAGCGCUAUGGGCUGACCGAGCUCAAAAAGAUUGCCCUCCGCAAGCAGGGACUUCAGUCUGGCAUCCAGUGCAGCACCAUCUUGACGUCGGCACGCUAUGCCUACGCCAACACGCCCGACACAGACUCGAAGCUGCGGGCUCACUAUCUGGCCCUCAUCAUUCGCUCCCGCAACACAUUCAAGCGCAGCGGAACCAUGCAGCUGGAGAUGCAUAAUGGCGGCACGCCUCUCUUCUUUGAUCUCUUUGUCGCUCUCUGCAACCACGUCGAUGACAUUGCAUCGGGACAGGGCACACCCAAGUCGAACCGCUUCUUCUCUUAA